CUUCUUCCUUUAAUGAGAAUGUCAAUUUAGAUGUUAAACAGUAUCAGGCAAAAUUGGACGAAUGCUCAAUCACCUACAGAAGCAGGAGGAUCUGUUUUUUUUUUUUUUAAAUAAACUGUUCUCCAAAGACAGUGACUGCUGCAGCUGGAAUUCUGCACACCUGGAAAGGCCUGGGGGAGGGGGAAUUUCUCUCGCUGACGCUUCUAGCUCGUACGUUGUGGAGCAGACAGCUUCACCUGCUGCCAGGUCAAGAGUGAUUAACAGCUGCCACUAUCUGAAAUUCAUAUAUAUAUAUUUUUUUAAGUUGGUUUAUUAAUUCUGUCAUGGAUACCUAAAUACCUCAAUGGGAUGUCCAUUUCAGGGAGAGAGGUUUGAAUCAAAUUCUGGAACUUCCAUUUUCUUAAACACACCCUGAAUUAUCUUUACUAAAGCAUAAUUUCAUUCACAAAGAAAGUACCCAUGUGGAAAAAACUGAAAAACACCUGUCUUUGUAUAAUGGUACUUACCAAGAGAAAUGGAGCGACUCGUAUUGAUGACGAUGCAGGGUGAUUUUAAAAUCUUCCAUUGGUCAUUUUUUUUCUAGUUACUUUGGAAGUUUAAAAAUGUUAUUUCCCAUCUCAGCACAGACCAUAAAAAAGAGUGGCAGGAGAAACUGAGUUGAAGGUGUUCAUACCAUUUUCUUGAAUGGCAUGGUUAUGGCUAAGUGUUCCCUUUGCUGGUUUCAGAGCAAUAAAGAGAAAUUUAAUUGAUGAAACUGGAGCUGAUUUAUACAUUUCUUAUUCAUUUUUGUCUUAGAAAUACAAGUACAUUUUGUAUUUUUUAUUCUCAGUCAUUUGGAAUAUUAAUUCAAACCUCUCUCCUUGAAAUGGACAUCCCUUUUUCUUCUUCCACAAUGGAAAUUUUACAAAACAGCAGUUUUUUAAGGGCGUUGUGCAGCAACAGUGGACCGGCAGAUUUGCUGUAUGACAACACCUCUGAACUAUUCCGAAUCUCCACAUUUGCGAAAUUCCCACCCACUGUGGCUGUGACGGAGAGGAGUCUUGCACGUGCUGGGUUUUAUUACACGGGUGUUGGGGACCGCGUUCAAUGCUUUCGUUGUAAUGCGACGGCAGAGAACUGGCAGGCAGGAGAGUGCCCGACAGAGAGACACAGGCAGAUUUCCCCAACCUGUACAUUCAUCCAGAGCCUGCCAUCUACUUCCAGCCUCUUGUCAUCUUCCCACUCUGCAUUUUCCCCCCUGCGACACUUAACAGCUUUGCAGGUGUCUGCCUCUGUGACCACCCCUGCAGCCACAUACCCAGGCCAGACGGAAGAACAGGUCGGAUUCUUGGGCUUCCCAACAAGUCCUUUAAGCUCCCGUGGCUUGGAAGAUGCGUCGCAUCAACGUCCGGCUGCCUGUCACAAUGCAGGCAUGUGCCGCGAACAGGAACGUCUGGACUCUUUCCAGAACUGGUCUUAUACGGCCGUUACCCCAGCUGAUCUGGCUAAAGCUGGCUUUUACUACAUGGGUCAGGCUGAUUGUGUGGCCUGUUUUUGUUGCGGCGGGCAGCUCAGCAACUGGGAACCAGGUGACCGGGCAGUGCUGGAGCACCAGAGGCACUACCCAAACUGCCGAUUCGUAAGAGGAGAAAGAACAGAAAAUGUGCCAAUCGCUGUCGGUGGACUGGUCAAUGUUUCUAAUCCAUUGAUGCAGCAGUGUGAGGAAAGAUUAUUGACAUUCGUUAAUUGGCCUUCUAGAAUACCAGUGCGACCGGACCAGCUAGCCAAGGCUGGUUUUUAUUACGUAGGUCGCAAUGAUGAUGUGAAGUGUUUUUGCUGUGAUGGCGGACUUAGAUGCUGGGAAUCUGGUGACGAUCCCUGGGUGGAACAUGCCAAGUGGUUUCCAAGGUGUGAGUAUCUUCUGCAGGAGAAGGGCCAAGAAUUUGUUCAUCAAAUUCAAGCUCGAUUUCCACGGCUGUUUGAGCAGCUCUUGACGAAUGGUGACAGUUCUUCCCGGGAAUUUGUUGAUCCCCCAGUGGUCCAUCUUGGUCCAGGAGAAGAACGGUCAGAAGAUGCAGUCAUGAUGAACACGCCUGUGGUGAUGUCCGCCUUGGAGAUGGGGUUUGAGCGGAGUCUGGUUAAACAAACUGUACAGAGUAAGAUUCUUACUAGUGGGGAGAACUACAAGACUGUUCAAGAGCUGGUGUCAGACCUACUGAGUGCUGAAGAUGAGAAGAGAGAGGAGGAAAAGGAGAGGUUUGCAGAGGAGAUGGCCUCAGAUGGCUUCACUUUUUUGAAAAAGCACCACAUCGCCCUUACUCAGCGUUUGAAGAGCGUUCAAAGCUUGAUGGACCACCUUCUGGAGCAGUCUGUCAUCCUCCAGAGGGAAUACGACACCAUUGCCAGUUGCACGUCAGUCAAACAACAGACCAGUCAGCUAAUUGACUUGGUGCUGUCCAAAGGCAAUGCAGCAGCUGAAGUGUUCCGAAACUGGAUCAAAAAGAACGACGUAUACCUCUUAAGAGAACUAAUGGCCCAGUCAAAUGAAGCUGCGUCACCGAGUCAAGAUCUUUCAGAUUUGCCUAUGGAGGAACAGUUAAGACGACUGCAAGAGGAGCGUACUUGUAAAGUGUGCAUGGACAAGGAGGUCAACAUUGUCUUCAUCCCCUGUGGACAUCUGGUGGUGUGCAAAGAAUGUGCGCCAUCGUUACGCAAGUGCCCCAUUUGCAGAGGGCUCGUUAAGGGCACUGUUAGAACCUUCCUUUCCUAAUCUCUUAAGGCCUGUUAUCAAAAUUAGCGCAUGUAGAGGUAGAACUGAUUUUAUGAUAAUCUUGAUAAUCCUGAGUGUGCUGUGCUCUUUUCCCUGUUAUCCUACUGAUGCUUAUUUGACCUCUGCAUGUCUCCUCUUUUGCAUACUAAAUAUGAUUUUCUCAACUCCUAUAUGCACGUUUUCCUAAACGCAUUUAAACUUUAAGCAAUUUUUUUUUGUUUCCUGGCAAAACAAACUCUGCUGUAACAUUGUGACUAAAUAUGAUUGAAUGUGCAACAGUCUUCCUAAAAAAAGUGAACUAUUUAAUUGGUGUGUUGUAAUUAUUGGGACGUGUUGAUUUGUCUUGUAAUACUGACAGAAGAUUAAUUGCCAGGAAACAAAAGGUGUAAUACAAACCUGCUUCUUCAAAGAAGUUUAGUUGUAAUUAGUGCAAAGUGUGUUUUAUUUGUUUGAAAAAACAAACCUGAUUACAUCCUUCAGUGCUUUUUGAUUCAAAAUAUAUAAUGUUAUAAAACUGUUCAAAAUUGUUAACAAAUUGUUAUACCUGGGCCAACAGCAGAUGGAAAUUUUGUUGUGAAAGUAAAGGUAGGUAUAGAACUGCAGUUGCCAUACAGAACGUUGCUUGUGAUUGACCUUCCGGAUUUGCUUUUUAAUCUAUACCAUAAAUCUAAACUAUAUACUGUACGUACUUAGGGGAAUAUUAGAUUAAUAGAAACACAAGUCUCAAGUCAUUGUUUCAAAUAUGUAACAAAAAAAACUAGUGUAAAUCACAGAUGGGGGGAAAAAAUGCAUACAUAUAGUGUAUAAUCAGAUUACUCAAAUCAUACAAAUCUUUUGUCCAGUAUGUCUUUAUACAGUGCUUUAGGAGGAAUCUCUUUAUUUCUUUGCUGUUGAUGUAGUAGUUUACAUCUUAAAAUACACCAUGAUGCAGCCACCUUCUGAAAGCCUUCCCCAGCAGCACAAGGAGAAGGUCUGGCCUCGUCUUGGGUGGCAAGUCAGCAGCGUAAUACAUACUUUAUUAGUUGACUUAAUUUUCCAUUUAUAUGAAAUCCUAUAUAGAAAAGAAGUGUUCCUGUAGAUCAUUGGCUUUGCUCCCGUCCAGAUUUUAAGGGCAACUUAAUACCUGAAUUAUAAUAGAAGAUGUUGAUUUUCAAUUUAAAUGGCAUGUUAAAUUUUACAUAUGAAACAACUGAGUUUUGGUAAAACAUGCUUAAUUUCCGGACAAGCGUACCAUCUUUAGCAACACUUGCAUUAAUGAUUGACUGGCUUCAAAAAAUAUUCUCAUUAAGUCAUGAAUAUGGGCUUGAAUAUCUAGUGGUAACACCAAGGAUAAAUAUUCUUAAGUGCAAUAGCAACACUCUGGAAUGUUAAGACCGCAAGUUGUAUAUGUUGUGAAAUGUAUUGAAUUUAUUUGCAAGUAAGAGGGCAAAGUCCUACACCACCUCAUCAGUCAUGCUUCCUUCAUUUUGGGGUGGGGUGUUUACCUAUGUAUCCAGUGUAUUCUCUAUUUAUCUGUAGAAAUAAUAGCAAUCCUUGAAAAAUUAUACCUGUUCCUUGUAUACUUCACAGAUAAGUAAAAUUUAUGAGUGUCGGAACGAGUAAGUAGUAGGAAAAUUACUAAUGCUAGACUGGUGUAUUUAACAUUCUAAAUAUAUUGCAAUAGUUUGAUGUAUACCUAGGGGGAAGAACCAUUAAGAGUUUUAAUGACCAGUCCCCUAAAAUUUCAUAGGUAGCCACACCAAAGAGGAUAUUGUUUUUUCUAGUUUUCUAAUUUUAGGCAAGCUGUAGUUUCCUUAACUAUCUACCAAAGAGGACAUUCUGGAUAAUAUAUGCUUCUGGCUGAUAUCCAACGUUGUAUUUCACUUAAUCAGUUUGAUAUAAUGCAAUGAUUGUCUUUUUUUGGGUUGCACAGACAACUAUAUUAGAAUAGCGGUGAACAUUGCUACCCUGGCUUAACCAAAGGGUAGCAGAAGAUAUGACCUUCUUGGAUGAAUAUAAAAUCCCCGUAUUUCAUUGAAAGGUUCCAGAUAUUAAAAAAAAAAGUAUAUAAUGUUUCAGUGUACUACUACAUUUUUGGCUGUUUUACGUGUGUAUGAAUUAAAUAUGUCUGUUUCUAUUAUAUACAUUGCAUGUAUAAAAAUAGAAAGCAAAGCCAGAAAGCUUUCACUACUAGAAAAGUAUUUGGAUUGUGGGCAUGAGUUAUAUAAAAUAUUUCUGAAUACAUUCUGCAAUUAAAAAAUCUAGUGCAUCCCCAUUUCUAGAUUAUUUUGCAAAAUAAUAAAAAAUGACAAAUGGACCAUACUGAACGGAUUUAUAAUGUACAACUCUUUAAAGGACUUUUCUGCGGAAAAUAUUUUUGGGAACAGUAAGUAAGUUGUAUAAUUUACAGUGCCUGCCUAACUGGGGAAAAAUCCUGAAGGGACAAUCUCUAGGUUGGAGACUGUAUUCUUUGCCUUUGUGUUUGUUAUACAUACUAUCUUUCAAACAUUUGGAAUCACUCAAAAAUUCACAUUUUUUAUGAAAACUCAGAGAGGGUGCAAAAUGAAUAGAAAAUAUAGUCAAGACCAUUGUUAGAAAUACUGAUUUGCGCUUGAAAAGAUUUUGUGUUUCAGGCUUGGCUUUCCUCAAAGACUCCUCCACCUACAGCAGCCACGACCUUGCAGACCUCAGGCAUUCUAGCUGUCAGUUUGUUGAAAUAAUCAGUAGAUAUUUAGCUGCUGUGCUUCCUGAAGCACCACCUGCAAGAGAUUUUCUUGAUGGGCAUUUUUUUAAUCUUACCAUGUCUCCUACAACAGCCCAAUAGGGUUCAGACCCAGUAACUGCGCUGGCUGCUCCAUUAGACAGAAUACCAGCUUUCUGCCACUUCCCUAAAUAGGUCUUACAUAAUUUGGAGCAGUGCUUUAAGUGAUUGUUGUAGGAUGAAAUUGCAAAAUAGAACUAUGGCCUUCCUUGUUUAAUAUUCCUUUUACCCUGUACCAAAGCACGCUCAGACCAUCACAUCUCCUCCACCAUGCUUGACCAGUGGUGUCAGACACUCCUCCAGCAUCUUUUCAUUUCUUCUCCACCUCACAGAUGUUCUCUGUGAUCCAAAGAGCUCAAAUUUAGAUUUGUCUUUUAGCCAAUUUUAAUAUUUUCCUUUUAUUGGGCUCAGAUGUAGCCUUUUCUUUGCAACUGUCCAGAAGGCCAACAUCGGGGAGUCACCGUGUUUCGUGGGGACCUGUGAGAUGUCUGUUUCACCAACUAGAGGCUGAUGUUUUUUUCCUGUACAGUUGUGCAUCAGGCCUCUCACUUCCAUCCCGCUUAAUACCCAGAUAAAUAGCUUUAAACUAUUCUUUUGACUGCCUAAGCCUUCUGCACAGUGAAUAUCCAUCCUUUCUUUAAACAGUGCUGGAUGAUGCAAGUUUGAAACGUCUCUUACAAUGCGUAGAAUUUCCAACAAUUCCCAGGUUGGCCUUUCCACCCAAUGUGGGCGUACACAGAGCAGCUCUUGGGUGGAAUUCCUGUUUGAGAUUCCCAAACCAUAUCCUUCCAGUUACAGCUGUAUCCAUGAAAAUCACAGACAGGACAGCGGACAAGACAACCCUUGACGCUAUGCACUAAACGACCUUGACUUUGUGUCAAGUUCAUACAAGGACCAAACACCAUGCAGUAGCGCUCUUGGGACCCAGCAUUCACACUCUUUGUAUCGAUUUUUAAAAAUCGACCAAUUCAGAGCUACUCCACUUGCCUUCCAUGCAGUGUCUGAGAGACGUGUCCACCACAUCACCCCAACAGCAACCAAUGGUUUUAGGGCACUGGCUGUCCUCUAGCCAUAACUCUUUGAAGAUAUUUGAGGCCUUGAACGUGGUCCAUUAACAUUCAGUGUCCCUGGCCUCACCUGGCACAUGCGAGGAGUUACAGUUAUCAUAGAGGUACAAUUUGAAUUCAUCUUGUGCAGAAGCUAUAGGUAUAUGAUCCAAACAAACCAUAACUGCUCAUCUGAGUCUCCUUGGUCCUCAUCCCCAUUUACUGAAUACAACCAACUACCAGGUGGUGAUCAGUCGGCAGUUCUAACACUCAUCGCCUGAGUGUCCAAAACUCUCUAGUCUCAUGAUACAACUGCAGAGCUUGUCAUUGACCUUUAAGGUGGUGCCACACUUCAAAUGACGUCCAGAGAAAAUGAAUGAAUGAAACACGUCGUCGAGGAUAAUCUGUAGCAUAUUUAGAAUGACACUCCUUUGUUUGUUCCAUGUCAUGCCACAACACUAGAGGGCACAAUGUUCUCAGCGCAGCAGUCCCACAAACAAAAAGUAAAAUUAUUAUAGUGAGUUUGUGAGUCAUUUUAACGGAGAUAACUGCUCUUUUAAAAUGGAAGUUGCUCACUUCAUUAGCAGCCAUUAUUAGCCUAACCUGCAGUAUCUCUCUGUCUAACAACGGCACAGACAUGCAGCUGGUAACCGCAUAACUACUCUUGCUGACCAACCCUGCAGUGUCACAUUAUGUCAGCUAAUUGUGAACAGUGUGUGGGAUCUGGGCAAAUGAAAAAGCCUCGGAGGACCGUACACGGGCAGUAUGCCGAAACGGUGAUCUCCGCUCAUACAACGUCAUAUUGCUAAAACGGCAACGAUUCCGUUGAUUUUGUUUGAAGUACGCAGCCACCUUAUGGCCCAUAGUGUUCUAGAGUGGUUCUGUACAUGUUACAGAUAUUCUGUAUUUUGUACAGAAGUUCAAUGACAGUUCACCGCUUACAUUCAGGAGGCCAUCUCCAAAAAGAAUAAACAUUAAUUAUGCAAGAAAAAGGUUUCAACUGUACCACGAUACGAUAUUCAAAUUGAAGAGGGUAUGAAUGUUCAUAAUCAUGAUUCAAUAUUUUAUCGAUAUAUCGCCCAGCCCUACCUCCAGUCAUAACGUACUUCUGUAUUUAUUCAUCCUACACAAUUCUGUUUUCACAAGGUGUAUAGUCUUUGCACUUUGUCUUGAGAUGUACUUGAGAAUGUGUAUCUAUGCACUUAAUGUUAUUUCACUGCUGUAUGCGAACAAAUUUCUUUCUGAAAUCAAUAAAUACCAUCAUUUCACCCACUUCA